GCAGUAUAUAGUGUUGUGUUCCGUGUGUGGCUACUGUCGCUACAUACGAGUGAUAAGCGAUAAGCGAGAAAACUGGAGAAGAAAAUCACGGAAACCGCUGUUGUAGCUGUAGUGCCGACGUACGAUUUACAGUAAUUAUAAUCACUCGACGACAUCCAUCGUAUUCCCGUCUGCUAUCCGGAGGUGUUUGCAUGUGUGUUCGCGCGCGCGGAGUUCAUCGGUACGUCGCUGAAGUUUCGCGUUGCCGUGUGUCUCGUGAACGCGCGCGCGCUCCCCUUGAAAAGUGUUACUGCUUGCACUCUCCGAUCCGGUCACGGCGGCCAUGCGUUCGGCCGCACAGCCUCAACGUUCGCACCAUAUCGGCCGAGAUGUUGCCCAACGUCCGUCCGCUGCGGACUGAACUCGCUCGUUCAGGUAAUGAUCUCUAACCAUGGGCGCGCAGCAGACCAAGGAUCGCGCCCUCACGUCCGGAUCGUCGCUGACCGUCCGCAGCAUCAGGUCCAAACCGAGGUUCACGAAUGUCGGCAAGGACGGCAAGAACCAAGGACUGAACAUAUUCACUGAGCACAGCGAGGCAUUAUUACAAAGUCGACCCUUACCUCACAUACCAGAUCUUCCUGAUGGUGAUCCUCCAGGAGCCAUUCCUUCGGGUGGUGGAAGCUCUGGUGGUUCUAUUGGUGGAACAAUUUCUAGCAACUUAGAAUCUUCUAUUCGAUGGACAUCUAAAGAGAAUUUAUUGCAAUCCCAAGAAGAUGAUGAUCCACAAUUAUUUGUUGCUUUAUAUGAUUUUCAAGCGGGUGGUGACAACCAACUUAGUCUUAAGAAAGGUGAACAAGUUCGUAUUUUAUCCUAUAAUAAAAGUGGUGAAUGGUGUGAAGCACAUGCAUCACCAGGACAAGUCGGUUGGGUGCCCUCUAAUUAUGUAACACCUGUAAACUCGUUGGAAAAACAUUCUUGGUAUCAUGGUCCAAUUUCACGAAAUGCUGCAGAAUAUCUGCUUAGUUCAGGAAUUAAUGGUAGUUUUUUGGUUCGAGAAAGUGAAAGUUCUCCUGGCCAAAGAUCUAUUUCUUUAAGGUAUGAAGGUCGAGUUUACCAUUAUCGCAUUAAUGAAGACACUUCAGAUGGAAAAGUAUAUGUAACAACUGAGAGUCGUUUUAAUACUCUUGCUGAAUUAGUACAUCAUCAUUCAAUGCAUUCUGAUGGUCUUAUCACUCAACUUUUAUAUCCAGCCCCUAAACAUAACAAGCCAACUGUAUUCGCUCUUAGUCCUGAGCCAGAUGAGUGGGAAAUUAAUCGAACUGAUAUUGUUAUGAGACAUAAACUUGGUGGAGGUCAAUAUGGUGAUGUUUAUGAAGCUGUUUGGAAACGGUACAAUAUGACUGUAGCGGUAAAAACCCUAAAGGAAGACACAAUGGCCCUUAAAGAUUUUUUGGAAGAAGCUGCUAUUAUGAAAGAAAUGAAACAUCCAAAUUUAGUUCAAUUAUUAGGUGUUUGUACUAGAGAACCACCAUUUUACAUUAUAACAGAGUUUAUGAGUAAAGGCAAUCUUUUAGAUUAUUUAAGACAAGGUAAUCGUGAAAAUAUUAAUGCAGUUGUACUCAUGUACAUGGCCACCCAAAUAGCUAGUGCAAUGAGUUACUUAGAAAGUCGCAUGUUUAUUCACAGAGAUUUGGCGGCACGUAACUGUCUUGUAGGAGAAAAUCACCUCGUUAAAGUUGCUGAUUUUGGUUUGGCUCGAUUAAUGAGAGACGAUACAUAUACAGCUCAUGCAGGUGCUAAAUUUCCUAUAAAAUGGACUGCUCCUGAAGGCCUAGCAUACAAUAAAUUUUCAACUAAAUCUGAUGUUUGGGCGUUUGGUGUUCUGUUAUGGGAAAUAGCAACCUAUGGCAUGUCUCCAUAUCCUGGAGUUGAUUUAACUGAUGUUUAUCAUAUGUUAGAAAAAGGAUACAGAAUGGAUUGUCCACCUGGGUGUCCUCCAAAUAUAUAUCAACUAAUGAAACAAUGUUGGCAAUGGGCUGCUAAUGAAAGACCAUCUUUUAAAGAAAUUCAUCAUGCUUUGGAAAAUAUGUUUCAAGAGUCCAAUAUUAUUGAAGAGGUUGAAAAACAGCUGCAAGGGAACUCAACUCCUCAAUUAUCACAUAAAAAAUCUCAUGGAAAUAGUUCUAAUAUUAUGGGUACUUCUUCAGAGUCAAAUGCAAUUACACAAGUUGAACGUAAUUUAUCUACGUUUGGAGGGUCUGUUGUAAAAGGGAGCCUAGUGCAAUUACGCCGUCCUACGAAUAAACGAGGUAAAACAGCACCAGCUCCACCUAAACGCACUAGCUUGUUGUCAUCAUGCAGUUCGUUUAGAGAUUCUCAUUAUGGUGGACCAGUGACUACUGAUCAAAAUGAUGCAGCCAUGUCACUUCCUUCUCAACAUUUUUCCGAAGAAAAUUUUUCAACAAAUGGAAUCACCAAAGAAUUACAAAAUAUUGUUAAUACCUUGGCUGAUAGUGAUGGUGCCAGCGAGGAAAGUGCUGAACCAGUAGAAACGGAAAACGAAUGUUCUCAUGUACCACUAUUAAAUCGAGUACACCGUGGUUCCCUUACCAAAAAAACUACCAAACAUCAAGCAUCUCAUCCACUUUACCAAAGAGACACUAACAAUUUAGAUACACCUAAGGUUGCAGCGUUAGAAGUACAAAAUGUAAAACGGGCUAUCAACCGUUAUGGCACAUUACCAAAAGGAGCGCGUAUCGGAGCAUACUUGGAAUCAUUAAGGCAUGGAAAUGGUGAAACCGCCGAUCCGAGUAUCUCUAAACCGCCUUCUAAUCGUACCAAUGUUGCAUUGCGUCGACCGUUUCAACAGCCAGGUAAUAUGACUAGGAGCAAUUCCUCAACAAACUUCCAGCCUUCUUCUCCGCGAACACUUCGCGCUCAACCUCCGCCACCGAACCUAGCGGAUCUAGAAUUCCCCCCUCCACCACCACCCGAGGAUCUGGACCACGAAGAAAUGUCAACUUUCCGGUUCGGGGUGAGCCUAAGGCACAGAGAACCGUCUACAGAUUCGUGUAACAGCGCUAAAUCGGAACCGGCUAGACUGAAGUGUGCUCGUAAAGAUAAACUACCAACCGAGCUCAACAAACCGGCUGUCGAGCCGUCUCCUAUAAUGCCAAAGAAAAACGUUAUCGAGGUGUCGCCGUCAUCUGACGAAGAUGCAAACGCCAGAGACGUGAAAAGCCUCGUACCAGACAUCAUGAAGGAAAUGAUGGAACUGAAACAUCACUCUACGGGAGGUAGCGGCGGUGGUGACAAAAAGACGACCGUUGGCUGUAGCAAGGACGAGCAGCAGCAGCGGUCUAUGUCUCCUAUCGAUUUCAAAACCAGUUUGAGGAAAAUCGGUAAAGAUGACCGCGAUCAUCAACAGCAGCAACUGCAACGUAUUGACAAUAACAUAGCGGAAAUCAAAUCGCAGUUGAAAAAAGUUAAAAUAGAAGACAAGAAGGACGGUGGUGGCAGUGAUGGCAACACGGCAGUCGAGUUAAACGAAGGUGGUGGGGACGGUGGUGACGAUAAAAGACGCAGCACCGGUAGCAUAAGUAGCCUGAAGAAACUUUGGGAGGGUGAGAGUCCACCGUCCGAAGUGACCACUGCGGCCGUGACGUUGAAGGAAAGACGCGUGUGGCCGCCAUCGCACGACGACAACAGACCUGCCGUACCGGUGAAACCGUCGUCGGCCGCGGCCGCUGCGGCGGCCAAGUCAUCCAACAACAAGUCGAACGCGAUAUACGCCACGCCAGGCGCCGCGUCCACGUCUAACAUCGUCGAACAGUGGCAGACAGUGGAUAGCAGUCUUCGCGCGCUUCGGUCCGCGGCCACCGUCACGUCCGCCGGCUGGCUGUCGCUGUCCGACAAAGUAGGCGGUUUUCACUCGUCGUGUUUGAACUAUGCAGACAAUGCGGCGCCGCCCAAUCUGAGGUUCCAUCUGCGUGAGCUGCUCAACAAGCUAGAGUCGCAAUCGCGCCAAAUGAGAUCCGCCGGUGGUGGCCGUCAACAAACCGACCACUCAACCAUAUUCCAAACGUUAGACACCACCCUGAAAGACAUUCUAAACGUGAUACAGAGAUAAAAUUCGGCGCUUGAACUCCAUUCUAUAUACACCUUUACGGGUAUCAUUGUAUCACAUUCCUUUAACAAUAUAUCUGUAUGUAUAUAUUAUAUCUUUAUAUAUAAUAUGUUAUAUAU